AUGGAUCACAAAGUUUAAGAUAUAUUAGACAACAAGUUAAAAAAUUUAGAAAUAGAUGACAUUGAUAUUGAUGACUAUGAACAAGAAGAAAGAUAAAGCAAAAUCCUUGAACAGUUUGAACUAAACUAACAAGGAAUGAUGAUUUCUCAAAUAAAAGAGAACAAAAGCUAGAUUAAACCAAAUAAAUAAGAUAACUAGAUGGAAGUUGAAGAUAACAUUUACAGACCAGAAUUAGAUUUGAGACUGUAAAAUAUGAUGUCAAGCGAAGUUUAAAGAACUUAUUCAAGAAGAGAAAGUCUUAGACAAUCUAUAUUAAGAAGUUAGUUUAGUAUCUCUGAAAUUUAAGGUGAAUUAGAAAGACUUAAACUUUCUGAGGAGCUAAAAGAACUUUUAAAAACAUCAAUUGACCUUAUUCAAAGUAUUAUUGAUUAUACUCCCAAUUUGACUACGCAAUUUGAAGACAAUGAUAAGCUCAUAGAUUUGAUUUUAAAUGUCUAAAAGACAUUAUUUCUCUCUCUUAUUUAGAUAUAAGAAGUAGCCUAAAUUUUGGCAGUGAGUGACUUAAAACCUUAAGAAGCUAGAGAUCUCUCUCAACAAUAUUCAGCUCUCUAAAAUUAUUGCAUUUAUGUGUAAUCAAAAAAUGAUGUUAAUCUCCCAAUUCUAUAAUCUACCUUGAAAUACUUGAUUGAAAAUAUAUUUAAUGAAAUUGAAUACCACUACAAAGAAUUGCUUAAAAUUGACAUUAAAUCAGACGACUAUAUUGACCAUUUUAAUGAUAUUAAGAUUGCUAACUCUAAACUCAAGACCACAAUUUAAGUUUUCCCUUACGCCACUGUUUUUGACUAAAAAGAUCUAUUUUCUCUAGAUCCUAAUGAUCCUAUAUGGAUUAGAUUGAGAAAAAGAACUAUAUUUAAGCAGCUUGCUCCUAAAGAAUAACUAAAGAAGUCAUUCAAAAAAAUAGUGAAAGGAAUCUUACUGGCAAAUGCAAUGGUGGCAAAAGGGGCUGAAUAAAAUACUUAAUUUGAGAAACAUUUAUACUAAAAUUUUGGAGCAAUUUAUUAUUUUUUUUAAAGCUAAAAAGCUCAAAAAAAGGCUCAUGUUUUCUUCUCUGAGCCACGUACAACAACAGCCAUUCAAGUAUGGAACUUAAUGGAUUAGGGAUUCGUAAAAGUAGCCAUGAGCAUUAUGUUCCCUUCAAUAAAAUAUAACAAAAAAAUAUAUUUAAACCCAGUGGCUAAAAGAAUUACCUUAGAGUCAAUUUAAAAAGAAUAUGAAGAUGGAACUAACAAUAAAAUAGAAAGGAUUUCUAUGAAAGGAGGAGUUAGACUUGAAAUGAAAGAUGAGGAUUAGUAUUAUAAUGAUUUAUUUAAAAAAGAUGAAUCCAAAAUUAAGAUCCGUAUUCUAGCCCCCUCAUAGCUAUUUAGGCCAUCAGUUAAUGAAAGAGAUAAUUUUGACAUGGAUGUAGAAGAGGAAGUAUAAAACCAAUCAGGUUUUUAGAAUUUCUUUGAAAAGGUUAAAGGCAUUUUUCAUCGCAAGAAGCUUUAUUAUGAUUCAAUUAUAAUUCACAUUCAUGGAGGUGGAUUUGUUGCCAUGAGUUCUCGUUGUCACCAGACAUAUUCUCGUUAGUGGGCAAAUAACUUAAAUGUACCCAUUUUUUCUAUUGACUAUAAAAAAGCUCCUAAGCAUCCUUAUCCAGAGGCUCUAGAUGAUUGUUGGCAAGCUUAUAAUUGGAUUCUCAAUUUUGUAUCUCGCUUUUUUAAUAUAAAGCCAAAGAAAGUUGUUUUAGUUGGUGAUUCUGCAGGUGGAAACUUGGUUACUGCUUUAACUUUAAGAUGCAUAAAGAGUGGAGUCAGAGUUCCUGAUGGAAUAGUUAUAGCUUAUCCAGCUUUGAAUCUUAAUUUAAGAUACUUUACUCCUAGUUUUCUUUUAGCUUUGGAUGAUUAAAUAUUACCUCAUACAUUCCUUAAAAUGUGUUUAGAUUCUUAUGUCCCUGAAUAAAUUGGUUUAAGGCCAGAAUCUGAUCCUUUUAUUUCUCCUAUAUAUGCUAGUGAUGAACUACUUAGAGAACUACCACCAACAAGAAUUCUCGUAGGAACAAAUGAUCCUUUACAUGACGAAUGUUGGAGAUUCCUUUAGAAGUUAGAAAAUUUAAACAAAGAUGUUAAAAUGGUCGUUUAUGAUUAGAUGCCUCAUGGAUUUUUGAAUUACGAUGCUCCUAGUGGUAUGAAAGAAGCUAAAUAAUGUGUACAAGAUGCAGCCGAUUUCCUCAAGGAAUUGUUAUCCUAUAAUCAGUGA